CCAAAACAAGAAGAUAACAAAAUGAUUCCACUGAAUCAAGAGAAAUAAGCUAAGUUUGGCUAGUAAGGUACUAGCACGUUUUAAUCUAGCUAUCUGCUAAUCUCAUCAUUUAUAAAGCUAAUUAAGCUAGAAAAAACCGUUAUCAAAUGCAAAGUUAUUAUGCAGCAGUCCAUGAUGAUGAUGAUAAUCAACAUCAUGAUCAUUGUUAUGGGUAUUAAGAUGAUGAUGGUGAUCAUUAAGACCCGCCAUUAUCCCCCGCGGUUUGACCUCAGCAAGAUCGAACAAUCCAGACGUCCCAUUCACAGCAAAAAGCGUAGAAGUAGCGUUGACCGCGUCAACGAUCUUCUCCAUCUGAACAGCCACACUUUUCCUAAGCUCAUCCAUGCAAUUCCGAAGCUGAUCCAGAUCACCCAACCCUAGCUCCUCGAUCGGACUUUCCCACCAAAAUUUCCUCUCUGUCCUCUCUUUUCGCACUCCGUCAAGCGUCUCCCCUCUCUUCCUCUCUUCCUCCACCUCCGCCAGCAUCCGCGAGAGCUGCACGUUCAUCUCGCGGACGCUCGCAUUCCGGUGGGCCUCCACAAGAUGGUGCCCCACCGGAACAUUUAUGAUCACCGGGUCUCCACGGGAGAGAAACCGGUCGAUGAUGGGUUCCACGUGCGGGUGCCCGAACGAGAAUACUUUCCCGGCUGGCGAGAAGACGAUGAUGGCGACUUCGACGCCGCAUAAGAUGCAGAGCUCGCUGGCUUUCUUGAACAGUCCGGACCGCCGCUUUGAGAAGGUGACUUGGAGGUUUAACUCAUUCCACACAUGCUCGGUGGAUUUUAGGCAAGGAAAGCAUCGACAGGCUACAUACCGAAUUGUUGCAGAUCUUGUUUCUCAUAAGUACUUGGAUGCUUCUAGAAAACCGUAUGUACCAUACGAGAUACGUGCUAACAUGAGUGUCAUGCAUGACAUCUCCAUGUCAUACAAGAAGUCUUGGAAAGCUCAAAAGACUGCAAUGCAAAAACCAUUCGGAUCAGAUGCCGAGUCAUAUCAACUUUUAACUUCGAUGGCCUAUAUGCUUGACAAAGCAAAUCCACAUUCUGAUUUUUCUCUUAUUAGAGACGAUGAUGAUGUCUUCCGUUAUUUUUUCAUGUCUUUUGCACCUUGGAUGGAAUCAUGGAAGUUUUGCAGACCUAUUCUAAUUGUAGAUGGAUCAUUUUUGAAGGCAUACUACAAAGGAACACUUCUCACAGCUUGUGCCCAAGAUGCCAACAACCACAUUGUUCCAUUGGCCUUUGGAAUUUGUGAUACCGAGUCUAAAGAGUCUUGGCUUUGGUUUUUUUCUAAAUUGUCUGAAUCUCUAACAUUUCAUGAGGAUAUGCACAUUCUAUCUGACAGGCAUAAAGGUAUACUUAGUGCCGCUAAACGGAUCUUCCCUCAUGCUAGCCAUGGCUAUUGUGUUGAGCACUUGUGUCGUAAUAUGAUCUCAAAAUUUAAGGGAAAUGCCACUGAUUUAGGUUGGAAAUUCAAGGCUGCAUAUAAGGCUGCAACAAUCAAGGAAUUUGAGGAAUAUAUGGCCUUGUUGGAUUCUCAAGAAGUUCGUAUACGCCCUUGGCUUGAAAAAAUUGGCACUCACAAGUGGGCAAAGUGUAUGUGUGGUACAAGGCGUUAUGAUGUGAUGACUUCCAAUUGCGCAGAAUCAAUGAACAACGUCAAUGUUUCUGCCAGGGAGUGUUGUAUUGCCAAGCUUAUUGACUUUAUUAGAAAAAGGAUGCAAAGUGGUUCGUUGAAAGAAAGGAAAGCGCUGAAAACACUCAAACUAUUUUGACAAACAAAAGGGAGAAGCAUCUGGUUGAUCUUCAAAGACAAGCUGCUAAGUUGAAGCCCACAUCAUAUUUUGAGUUUGAAGUUGUUGAUAGGCAUUGUCGCUCCUUUGUAGUGGAUCUUCAAACUCGAACAUGCACGUGUGGAGAGUUUCAACUCAAUCAUUUUGUCUGCAUUUAUGCGGUUGCUGCUAUAGGUCUUCGUCCUCGUGAAUCUUGUUACGAUUAUAUUUACCCAUAUUACACACGAGAUUAUUGGCUUUCUACAUGGAAUGGUGUUAUGCACCCUAUCUGUGAUAGAGAAUCUUGGUUGGUGCCUUCUAAUAUAUCCACUAUUCAAUGUAAACCUCCAGCCUGUUUGAAAAGACCACCUGGUCAUCCCAAGAAGUCAAGAAUACCUUCUAUUGGUGAGCAUCGUGGGAGUAAAUGACAAAAAUGUUCUAGGUGCAACAUACUUGGUCAUAAUAAGAAGACUUGUCGCAAUCCUAUUCGAG